GAGAGAGAAAUAAGGAGGAGGGAAAAGGGAAGAAAGAAAGAAAGAAAUUGGGAUCCAAUGCCAAACAAAAGCUCAACGUGAAGUUGCACCUCGAUGUGCAGCUCUCCCGAGGACCAGGCGAGAUAGAUGUGGAGUGCCAGGACUUGGGCGCAUCAUGAACGCUCAGCUGACGAUGGAGAACAUCGGGAAUUUGCAUGGAGCGAACCAUGAUUCACUGGUCCAGUCGGGCGACCUGAUGAGCAGCUCUCACAGCCGCAUCGCUCACCGCAACCUACCGGCCCACGCUCGCUCCAUGGUGUCCAGCAUGGCUUCCAUCCUCGACAGCCCCGCCAGCGACUACCACCGGCCCCCGGAACACGCACUGGCCGCCCCGCUCCAUCCCACCAUGACCAUGGCUUGCGAGACCCCGCCCGGGAUGAGUAUGAGCAGCACCUACACCACCCUGACCCCUCUCCAGCCGCUGCCCCCCAUCUCCACCGUGUCGGACAAGUUCCCUCACCAUCACCACCAUCACCACCACCACCAUCACCAGAGGCUCCCGGGCAACGUGAGCGGCAGUUUCACCCUCAUGAGGGACGACCGGGGUUUGAGCUCCAUGAACAAUCUCUACAGCCACUACCAUCACAAGGAGGUGACCGGCAUGGGGCAGGGCUUGUCGCCUCUGUCCGGCUCCUCUCUGGCCAAUGGCUUGGGCGCCAUCCACACCUCCCAGCAGGGUCUAGCGUCCUAUGGUCACCCGGGAGGACCCAUGCCCGGCGACAAGAUGCUGACCCCCAAUGGCUUUGACGGGCACCCGGGGCUCCUCGGCCCCCGGGGGGAUCAGCACCUAAGCCGCGGGCUGACCCCUCCGUCGGUAGGCAUGGUGCCCAUCAACGGGCUCCACCAUCACCCUCACGUCCACCCUCACGGCCAGGGUCACGGGCAGGUCCUGGGCUCGAUACGGGGGGAUCAACAGCCCCCUUCCUCCAACGGCUCCCAGGCCAGCGGGGGCUCGGGGCAGCUGGAGGAGAUCAACACCAAAGAAGUUGCUCAGAGGAUCACCACGGAGCUCAAGAGGUACAGCAUCCCGCAAGCCAUUUUCGCCCAGCGGGUGCUGUGCCGCUCGCAGGGCACCCUGUCGGACCUCCUGAGGAACCCCAAACCCUGGAGUAAGCUCAAGUCGGGCCGGGAGACUUUCAGGCGCAUGUGGAAAUGGCUCCAGGAGCCGGAGUUCCAACGAAUGUCGGCCCUGAGGUUGGCAGACGCGUUCCCACGUCACGUUGAUUGUUGUGGUCAGAGAUGCUCGGGGGAGAUGGCCACAGCAACGUGCAAAAGAAAAGAGCAAGAACACGGGAAAGAGCGGGGAGCAACUCCCAAAAAGCCUAGGCUGGUGUUCACGGAUGUGCAGCGCCGGACUCUACACGCAAUAUUCAAAGAAAACAAGCGUCCGUCCAAAGAAUUGCAAAUGACCAUUUCUCAGCAGUUGGGGUUGGAGCUAAGCACCGUCAGCAAUUUCUUUAUGAACGCUCGCAGGAGGAGUUUGGAUAAAUGGCAGGACGACGGCAGCAGCUCCAACUCAGUCAACUCAUCUUCCUCAUCAAGCACUUGUACCAAAGCAUGAAGGAAAAAACAAACAAACAAACAAACCGCGGACUUUAAAAAAAAAACACCUCGGUGGAAUAGCUUUAAAAAAAUCAAUAAUAACCAGGACCUCCGGUUAGCAGGUAUAAUUAUUGAACUAAACAGAAAAAAAAGAAAGAAAAGACGAUAUAAUAUUUAUAUGUCCAACGAAACCAAAGACUUUUAAUUCACCUGCAUUAGGACUUCGUUCUACAACACUUUAUUAGGACUUUUUGCAAAAAAAAAAAAAAAAUUCCCACUGGUCGUAUUUCCUUCAUCACUGACCAUUGUUUCAAAGUGUGUGGCUGUUAAGUCGUUGGGAAACAUAGUCAUGUUAUUACGUGAGAGAGAAAAGAAUAUAGACCAUUACUUCAAACACGUGGACCCAUUUCACUUCUACGGAAAUGCCAUGAAGGUGUAUGUGUGUAGAAGUGCCGUGUACGUACCAGUGGUCACAGACUUUUUUGCCAGGGGCUGGUCUGCAAGGUUGUGCUCAGACACGACCAUUGAAAAUUGUGGAGUCGUUGGAAUGUGAUUGGGUUUAUCCAGCCUCUCAUUGCUUUGAACGUGAAUGCUCCUGUUUCGAGCACUGUGUUCAAAGUGUCUUGAGAGCUAUUUGUCACCUCGCACUGGUACUUCCUCUUUGUUCCAAUAAUGCAACAAGUAUCUUAAGCUAAAUGACCAAAUAUUAUCUUUUUUUAAUAAUAUUUUUUAAACAAACAUACAACAGCAAACCCAGAACAGUAGGAGGACACGAUUGUGUUUAAUAACGAUUAAAAAAGCAGGACAAAACAACAGUGAGAAUUCGCAAGAAGCACAAAUAUUAUUUUUUAUUCAGAAUAAUGUUCUGCUACAAUGGAACCUACCACAAGAUUUUGUUUCCGAUGUAUUUUUGCACACUAAAUUAAUGAUGUUCUAUUGAGCAACACUUCCUUUUUAUGUAAAAUAAUUUUUACCACUGAAAUUCCACCAUUUUAACUUCAAUAUAAUCAUUGUUCACUCGAUAUCCAAAGAGUAGUAUAGGCAGAUUUAGCAAUGGUAUGGGUGGUGUUGUCAAAAGUCCCAGCUGAAAUGAAUAGUAAAUUGAAUACUGUAUAUUAGCAUCAGAAGCCUCUUAAUACAAGGACAACAUUUUUUUUAACCUACAACCAACACAAAACAACCCUCUCCUUCCUCCCCCCCACCAAAAAAAAGUCACUAAAAAGCAACAUCUUUAAUUUCCUCAUGCACAUUUUGGUGAAUCCUCUCCUAUUUCGUAACAGAACAAGUCGCAGAGUAGAAUUAUGACUCUAAUCUUAUUUUACAGUGUUUGGCUGCAAUGCCAUUUUAUUGGUUUAGUGCUUAAUGCAAUGGGCGUCCAAACUCCCAAGUAAACCUCUAAUGUAUCAGGAAAAGGUCAAUCAUUCACGCGUUCCAUAUUUUAUGUCUGGAAAUGAUGAAUCCGCUAUUCUAUUAGAUCCUGGCUGAUCUGUACCUCAACUCCAAUUACCAGCCUUUGCCCCAUAUCCCUUGAUACCCUUACCUAACAAAAAAAAUCUAUCCAACUCAGUCAUGAACAUUUUUGAUGGAUCCAUACAUCCACGGCCUUUUGGGGGAGAGAGUUCCAGAUUUCUACUAUCCUUUUCUUGAAAAAAAAUGUGGUAAUCAUAACUAACAAGCGCAAAUUAAAUGUCGAUUCUUGCCAGUUGUUGCUCUCCUUCCCCUCCCCCACCCCAUCUCCCCUCCCCCUGUGAACACCAACGUCAAUCCCCAGCAGUCUGGACUGUUUAGUGUGCAUAUGUAACUCUGGGAAUUCAUUCAGGAAAUGUUGUUUUUCUAAACUAUGUUUUACAAAAUGCUGACAGUCAAAUUGUCAAACAAUUUCGAUGCAUCAAUUAACAGGGAGAUACCUUAUUAAUCAAUACAGUACUAGUAUUAGGACCUAUAAAGUGUCACAAUAUCUAGUUAUAUAUCUACAGUCAACAUUAGAAUGAAAAUUGUGAUAUUGGCCAAAGUUUAGUGAAAGUGCUGUUAACCGUGUUGUACAGGUCUUGUGAUGUAAGCAACCAAUUGAGUUACAGGUUCCUCUCAGUGUUUGAAUAUACCUUCUGUAGAUCAUCUGCUAAAAACCAAAGAGAACUAUUUGUUCAGGAACAUUGCACUUGUGUUAGAAUGUAGUAAGCUAUAAUGCUAGAUCAGUCGUUUGUAUCUCAGUUGGUCGCUUUACCAUUCAUUUCCCCUUACAGCAUAUAUUUGUUUGCACACUGAUACAGUGGGUAAUAGUGUGAGCAAAUUACGUGGCAUACAAACGUCUUGAGGGACGAGUAGUAAAACAUUGAAUGUAGCCUGGAUGGAUUGAAUCAUGUAUUACUAUAACUCAUAACGGGCUGCCCAGAGCCUAUCUCAGGACUGGAAGACCUUAUGAGGAGGCCUUGGUUGCUUGAGCAGGUUUGCGAUUGUUUCCAAGUCCUAUUGGGUGCCUGUUACUAAUGUGUCAUCCCCCUCCGCCUCCCCAGCAAAUGGCACGUUAUAUUGGCGUAAGCCUUUUACGGAAGAUAAAUUCACAGUCAGUAUUGGUGGUAAUCAGUGUCAAUACCUUCUAUACCUCAGGUCUAAGGUCACACAAACUCAAUAUGCAAACGAGAACCCUCCCCACUCCCACAUACGCCCCCACCCUCCACCCCACGGGAUCUGCUUAUCUCAAGUUUAGCUGUUUCUUAACAUCAGCUGAAGUUAAACACCCACCAGUCAUUAUACUAUAUCAUAUUUAGUAAAGUCCCCGUCAUUAUAUUGGGCCAUAUAAUCUAACAGUAUACAAUAAAAUGGAUAGUAUGAUACAAUGGAUAAUGAUAGCCAAGGGAAUCAGGAAAGUAGGCUCCCAUCUCUUUGGGAAAGAGAGUAAUUGAUGCAUCAGAAACUGUUUAGGGAAUCGGUCAUCACCAUAUUUUGCAAAAGCUACAAUGACAGGGAAAAUAGCAGAAUACACUUUCCUUUUGUUUUUUUUUAAACGGUUUGUCUUUAAUGGUAGUGGGAAAUUGCACCUGUUUAAAGGUGCAAAAUAGGAAUCUACCCCCCCCCCAAAAAAAAAUCUAUAUAUAUGUAAGAUCGAUGUUUGGGGAACGUUUGCCAAACACAAAAUCAAACAUCCGCAAUCAGAAAUUGGGAAACAAACAUACAUUUCUUAACUUGGUUUGAAUUUCAAGCCUUUUCUGUGAAUAAUCAGACUUCCCUCGGGGAAUAUGAGAUGAUGGGAGGAAUGAAUGAAUGAAAGUGUGUAGACUGACGAGGUAGAUUGUGGUAUGAGUGAGAUUUUUUUUUCUUUUACUGCUUUAGAUUUACUGUUAUACCUUUUAGGGAUAUUUUAUAAACCCCUCCCCCCUCCGCCUCACCCCCUUUUCCCUGUCCCGUUCCAUGACUAUAAUUAUCAAAGAAAAACAUUAUGACAUUUUAACAUCGACCAAUCUCUGUGAACAAAGAGAAAGUACUAGUGAUUUUGUUUUUUGAAGGGUGGCACUAAGCCAGGUGCGUUCUUAACGCAGGUCCAUCCUGAUGGAUACUAAAUCCAGAUUUUAACAAUAUUCUGGCCUUGUGUUUCUUGUGGUGUGGUUAGCUUUACGAUACAUUUGGUAAUCAUUUACUAGUAUUAAGGCAAAAGAAGCAAAGGUAAAAAUAGCUGCUUCCACGUGUAAAAAAAAAUGUGUAAAGAUCUACUAUUUAUAGUGUGAACCAAAGACGCUACCUCACUCGAUUUCCAUUCGUGAUUUUAAUCACAUUGAUGAUACCAAAGAAUACCAAAGAUUUUUUGUUGCACGACCUACUUGUGUGGGCUACUUGGCGUUUCCUUCCUUAAACCCUCAACUGUCACUCAGUGUGAAGU